AGUACCCAACAAUGGUAGGCCACUAGUAGUAGUAGUAGUAAUAAAUGUUGUUUCAAAUAAUCCAUUAUCUAAUUUGAGAAGAUGACCAGCAACAGCAAUCAAGAUGUUUUGCUUGAUCCCCAGAUUGAUCACUAUUCUCAAACCCAAUCUCAACCGCAGCCCCAUCCAGUCCAAUCAAAUUCCCACCACAUCCAACCGCAGCCACGUCGUCCACGUGGCUUCGCGGCAACUGCAGCAGCAGCAGCGGCAGCAACGGACCCCACGAACACUACUGCGGUUAAUGUCUCAGGUAGAGGAAAAAGAGAGAGGGAAAAGGAAAAAGAGAGAACAAAACUUAGAGAACGGCACCGUCGCGCUAUUACCAGCAGAAUGCUGGCCGGUCUUAGGCAAUAUGGUAAUUUCCCACUCCCUGCACGUGCUGAUAUGAACGAUGUUCUUGCUGCUCUGGCUCGUGAGGCUGGUUGGACUGUUGAAUCCGAUGGCACUACUUAUAGACAAUCUCCUGCUCCUAGUCAAUUGGGAUCAUUUGGUGUGAGAUCAGUUGAAAGUCCAGUUUCCACUGCUAAAGCAGCCGCUGCAUUGGAAUGUCAUAAUCAUCAUCAGCAGUCUGUUUUGAGAAUCGAUGAGAGUUUGUCACCGCCGUCUCUUGAUUCUGUAGUGAUGACAGAGGGAGAUACGAGGACUGACAAAUUUGCCCCUCUCACUUCAGUUGAUUGCUUGGAUGCUGAUCAGCUUAUACAAGAUGUUCGUUCUGGUGAGCAUGAGGGUGAUUUCACAAGCACUUCAUAUGUUCCUGUUUAUGUAAUGCUUGCUACUGGUUUUAUCAACAAUUUUUGCCAGUUGGUUGAUCCACAAGGUGUCAGACAGGAGCUAAGCCAUAUAAAGUCUUUAGAUGUAGAUGGUGUCGUAGUAGAAUGUUGGUGGGGAAUUGUUGAAGCAUGGGGCCCUCAGAAAUAUGUAUGGUCUGGCUAUAGGGAACUCUUUAACAUCAUCCGGGAAUUCAAAUUGAAAUUGCAGGUUGUAAUGGCAUUUUAUGAGUAUCAAGGAAGUGAUUCUGAAGAAGUUUUGAUCUCCCUCCCUCAAUGGGUUUUAGAGAUUGGGAAAGAGAACCAGGAUAUAUUCUUCACAGACCGUGAAGGAAGGAGGAAUACCGAAUGCCUAUCUUGGGGUAUUGACAAGGAACGAGUUCUAAAAGGGAGAACUGGCAUUGAGGUUUAUUUUGACUUCAUGAGAAGCUUCCGAGUGGAAUUUGAUGAUUUGUUUGCAGAGGGUAUAAUCUCUGCCGUUGAAAUUGGGCUUGGAGCAUCUGGGGAACUGAAGUACCCAUGUUUUCCUGAAAGGAUGGGAUGGAGAUAUCCUGGUAUCGGUGAGUUUCAGUGCUACGAUAAAUAUCUACAACAAAAUCUACGCAGUGCUGCUCAAUCGCGGGGGCAUCCUUUUUGGGCUAGGGGCCCUGAUAAUGCUGGUCAAUAUAAUUCCAGGCCACAUGAAACUGGGUUCUUUUGUGAAAGAGGUGAUUAUGAUAGUUAUUUUGGGCGCUUUUUCCUCCAUUGGUAUGCCCGGACGUUGAUAGAUCAUGCUGAUAAUGUCUUGUCUCUUGCAAGCCUCACCUUUGAGGAUACAAGGAUAAUUGUUAAGAUUCCAGCAGUUUAUUGGUGGUAUAAGACUUCUAGUCAUGCAGCAGAGCUAACUGCGGGAUACCAUAACCCCACAAACCAGGAUGGCUACUCUCCAGUUUUUGAGGCUUUGAAGAAACACUCGGUCACAGUAAAAUUUGUAUGCUCAGGACUGCAAGUUUCUGCUCAUGAGAAUGAUGAAGUACUUGCUGAUCCCGAGGGCUUGAGUUGGCAGGUUUUAAACUCUGCUUGGGACCGAGGACUGACCGUAGCUGGUGUGAAUGUGCUUUCAUGUUACGAUAGAGAAGGGUGUAUGAGAGUGGUUGAGAUGGCAAAGCCAAGGUGCAACCCUGACCACCGACAGUUUGCAUUCUUUGUCUAUCAACAGCCAUCUCCUUUGGUUCCAGGAACACUUUGCUUCACCGAGUUGGAUUACUUCAUCAAGUGCAUGCAUGGAGAUUUAACGGGAGAUAUAGUAUCGUGACAGGUAGUGGAGUUUUCCCUUGGAUAGACUGAAAUAGAAGCUAAUUCCAACUGCAGUCAUAUUUGCAGCUUCAAGCACCAAAUUUGGAAGCUCUUGUUUGAAGGUCGUCAUAGAGUAUGCAAUAGUUGCUUGUUUUAUUGGUUAUUGCCUAGUAGUUUUUCCAACUACCAAAGCGUUCGUUCUCUACCUGAAAAAUGUCAGCGGAGGUAAUUGGACUAAUUCCGGAAAUUGUACAUAACCUUAGUAUUAUUAUUAAGGAUGCUUUGAUUUGCGCAGAGCAAGAUUCCCAUUUUCUUGGAAAUGGUAAGUCCAAACAUUUGACCCUUUC